AUGUCUGCGAUAUAUUAUAUACGCAACGAGUCAGCAAGAUAUGCAUGUUUUGUAGCUAACAGAGUAUCUCAAAUUCAAGAACUAACAACUGUUGAGCAGUGGAGGUACGUACCGUCUGGAAAAAAUCCAGCUGAUCUAGCCUCGCGAGGAGUUACUGAUAUGAAUGUUGUUAAAAAUAAGUGGUGGAAAGGUCCGGAGUUCUUGCUAAGGGCUGAUAGUAUGUGGCCUAGUAGAGAAGAUGAACCACCGAUAAACGAGUGUGCCUUGGAGUUUAAGACAAGUGUCAGUUUAACAUCUACUCAAGAAAGACAUUCAGGUUUAAAUCCACUUUUUAAAUAUUCUUCUUCUUGGUACAAACUACUGAAAGCUGUUGCGUGGUUGACACGACAUGUUACGUAUUUAAAGGUCAUGCAUCUUGCGGGAUACGAAAAUAUGAAUGUGGGACCUUUGAGAGUCGAAGAUAUUAGAAAUGCGGAGUUAGCGAUUUUCAGGGAUGCUCAGUGGGAAGCAUGGGGUGAGAUUACCAAGGAGGAUAGUCCUGAUUUCGCAGAUUUCAAGGCGCGGUUAGAUAGAUUAUCUCCGAUAGUUUCCGAAGAGGUCGCUGGAGAUCGUGGACGUCUACAAAUGUUAGAAUCGUCAUAUGAGACCCGUCGUCCGGCUUUAUUACCUUGCUACCAUCCAGUCACUGAUCUCAUUAUAAGACACUACCAUGUUCUUGAAGGUCAUUUGGGUACUUCGCAAGUACUAUCAAGUAUUCGAUGUGGGCUUUGGAUAAUGAAUGGAGGUACUGCUGUCCGUAAAAUAAUUGAUAAGUGCAUGGAAUGUAAACUCCGAAACGCUCGUCCAGCACAGCAGAUGAUGGCACCACUCCCAGCGUGGCAAGUUUCUGAAGGGAAUUAUCCAUUCGAGUAUUUCGGAGCGGAUUUGUUCGGAACUUUUGUAGUGAAGAGAGGCAGAACACUUUGUAAAAGAUAUGGGUGUUUAUUCACCUGUUUGAAAAUACAGCUGUACAUAAUGAGAUGGUUCAUACGUUAA